AUGUUAAGCCCCGAAGAGACGCCGAUCACCGAGGAGCAGAGACGGCUGUCGCAGAAUGGUGUCCUGAACGCAGCAUUCAUACAGCAUCCACCACCAUCGCAGAAUGCGCCAUCGUUGCAAACAACAUCGGACAUCACAAUGAUACAGCAAAUGCUGCACCUGUUACAGCAGCAAAUGGCCCAACAGCAGCAGCAAAUGACACAGCAGCAGCAACUAUUUUCUCAGCUUAUGCAGCAACGGGAACAGCAGCAACCUACACCAGUGACCCAUUAUAGUGAGCUUCAACCUACCGCGAAACCCAGCAAUCCGGAGCUCAUCCUCGAAGCUCUUGCUGGCAAUAUUACCGAGUUUCAUCAUGAUGCGGAAGCCAACAUCACAUUUGAGUCAUGGUACGCGCGAUACGAUGACCUGUUCGCGCAAGAUGCAUCCCGUUUGGACGACGCAGCAAAAGUUCGACUCCUUGGACGAAAGUUAGGAGCAGGCGAGUAUGCUCGUUUCACCAAUUUCAUUUUACCGCGUGCCCCCCGUGACCUUUCAUUUUCAGAAAUGGUGGAAAAGCUCACGGUGCUUUUUGGCAAAAUGGAGUCGACCCUAAGCAAGCGGUAUAAAUGUUUGAGCAUCACCAAAUCGCGCUCCGAGGAUCUUUUGUCAUUUACCGGCCGAGUAAACCGCGCAUGCGUCGAUUUUGAAUUUGCAUCUAUGACAGAAGAGCAAUUCAAAUGUCUCGUCCUGGUAUGCGGAUUGAAGGAUGAAUGUGAUCGUGAUAUUCGUGUCAGGCUGCUUGCUAGCAUGGAAGAGCGCACAGAUGCAACCCUUGCGCAGCUAGCAGAAGAUUGCCACCGGCUAGCACGAGUUAAAGCGGAUAGUGCUAUGAUCGCGACCGAUACGAGCGAACGUGUGCACGCGGUCCAUGCGGGUGGAGAUAAGCAGCGGUACCAGAGGAACGACGAGCGAAACUCCAAACCGUUUGACAGAAGCACUGGUUCCAAACCCCGUAAUCCGUGUUGGCUUUGUGGUGCAUUGCAUUGGUCCAGGGAAUGCACGUACAAGGCGCACAAGUGUCGUGAUUGCGGUCGCAUCGGUCAUCGAGAGGGACAUUGCGCUUCCUGA